AGGGCUGUGAGUGAGCGCAGAGCCCAAAUCCUUGUGUUUUGGCAAGUUUGGGAUGCGUCUUUAUCUGUGCCAAGAGCGAACUCCAUCCCACUUCUGUGCCCUGCGGAUGGAGGCCAGGCAGGGCAGGAGGGGGAUGGAAGGGGCUGGCAGAGCCCCGCCCGGGUGGGCACAGCCGCAGGACCAGUGGCACCAGCGAGCCGAGUUUAGCCCGGGCUCAGCACACCCGGCAGGGCAGGGAGGGAUGGAUGAGCAGGGAGAUGGCUGGAACCUGGACUGGGACAUUUGGGGACUGCAGCGUGCUCGGGGAGGGGUCGUACCCGGCUUGGUCCCGGUGCUCUGGGACCAGCAAUUUGGUUUCUGUGCCUGCAGCCUCAGCUGGUGGUGGUGCCAAAACAGCAGCCAGGUGACAAGUCCCGAAGGUUGGGGGGUACCCCUUUCCAGGGGGGACACACGGCUUUGAUGCUGUUUCUCCCUCCUCAUCGAGCUGUUUUAUUGCCCCUCCAAGCAGGAAAAGGAACCCAAGGUCUGCAGCAGCUCCCAAGGAAAACAAAGCUGCCCUGGCCCUGAGUAUUGGGGUGUUAGGAUGGAUGGAGGGGGCUCUGCACCCUGUUUGGGGGCUCUGCACCCCAAACCAGGGCUCUGCACCCUGUGCUGGGACUCUGCACCCCAAACCAGGGCUCUGCACCCUGAUCCUGAGGUCUGUGGGUAAGAAAUCCACCUAUCCCUGAGCUGCCGGCAGUGGGAGAAUGGUGCCAGUUCCUUCCAAAUCCCUCAGGUUUGAUUUCCCAGGAUUUUGAGCAGCAGGUCAGGGGGAUGUCAGAGCAGCUCAGUGAAAUGCUCCAGGGAAGAGCUUAGUUUACAAAAAAAGCCAUGAAUCCUUCCCCGAGCGCCUCCACCUCCGUUUUCUCGCUCAGGAGAGGCUGAUGCUGUUUUCCUAAUAGGAAAAUACCUCUGGAUUUCGUCCUAGUGCUGAGCACCGCAGUCUCUUUCCAGCUCCUGCCGCUGGCUGAGAGGCUUCAGCGUGUUUGCUCAGCGCCUGGAAGAGGAGCCAAGGCCGGGAGCAGCGGAGGGGGAGCAGUGAUGGAACAUUCACUGCAGGAAAAUCACAAAGCGUUCGAUUUUUGAAUGAUUUGCCUUCAUCCUGACGCUGUGUCUCGCGCAUUCCAGGCUGUCCCGCUCGCAGGGAGUGUUUGCCAUGGACACCGGGCACGUCAGCAGAUCCCGCUUCAGCGUGGCCUCCAGCCCGCCGCGGUGGGAGAUCGGGCUCUACGCCGCCGGCGCCUUGGCACUGCUGGGAAUCGCAGCCAUCAACCUCUGGAAGCUCUGGCGCUCCGGCAGCUACCCGGCCCCUUCCCCCUUCCCGAACUAUGACUACCGGUACCUGGAGCAGAAGUACGGAGCCGCGUAUCCGGACGUCAGGCACAAGCGAGGGCUGGCCCCGGGCUCGCAUCGGACGCCGGGUCAGAGCACUGCCAGCCGCAGGAGCAGCCUGAGGGCAGAGGACACCUUGGAGAGCAUCCAGGAGCUGGGCAGCCUGGAGCUGAUGGGCAGAGACCUGGGCCUGGCCCACUACGGCCCCCUGAAGAAAUCCAUCUCGGCCGACUCCCUCAACUCCAUCUCGUCCAUCGGGAACAACUUUGGGCAGGAUUUCACGGUGGGGCAGGUGGAGGUGUCCAUGGAGUACGACGGGAAGGCGGCCGCCCUGCACGUGACGCUGCUGCAGGGCAAGGACCUGCUGGAGAAGGAGGACGCGCGGUUCGAGUCCUGCUUCAUGCGGAUCAGCCUCCUCCCGGCCGAGCAGAUCGUCGGCAUCUCCCGGAUCCAGAGGAGUGCCUACGCCGUGGCCUUUGACGAGCGCUUCUCCAUCCCGCUGGACCCGGCGGCGCUGGAGGAGAACAGCCUGCGCUUCUCCGUCUUUGGCAUCGACGAGGACGAGAGGAGCGUCAGCACCGGCGUGGCCGAGCUCAAGCUCUCCGACCUGGACCUGGCCACGCGCCCCUUCAACGCCUGGCUCUACCUGCAGGACUUGAGCAAGCCUGUGGACACGGUGGGGGAGAUCCUGCUCUCCCUGAGCUACCUGCCCACGGCCGAGCGGCUCACAGUGGUGGUGGUCAAAGCCAAGAACCUCGUGUGGACCAACGGCAAGGUGACCGCAGAUCCCUUCGUCAAGGUGUACCUGCUGCAGGACGGGAGGAAGAUCAGCAAGAAGAAGACGGCGGUGAAGAGGGGGGACACCAACCCCGUGUUCAACGAGGCCAUGAUCUUCUCCGUGCCAGCCAUCGUGCUCCAGGAGCUGUCCCUGCGCGUGACGGUGGCCGAGAGCGGCGAGGACGGACGCAGUGACAACACGGGCCACGUGCUCAUCGGCCCCACCGCCAGUGGGAUGGGCACCACGCACUGGAACCAGAUGCUGGCCACGCUGAGGAAGCCUGUGUCCAUGUGGCACCCACUCCGCAGGAAUUAGGGGGGCUCCUGGGAGGGGCUGCACCCCGACGCCGGCUCUGCCGGGCACCGGAGCCGCCAGGCAGGGGCCGAGCAGGACUCUGUGCCACCCCAAAGGCCAAGCUGCCGGUGCCUCAGAGGGGCAGCUCCUGCCUAAAACACCCCGAGGAUGGAUGGAGCGACUCUGUGGCUUCAUCUCUGCCCUCCUGGGUCCCCCAUGCAUGGGGACUGAUGGACAGACCCGCUGGCAAGGAGCCCAGAAGGACCAAAACCAGCCAGGACCUCCCCAGACGGCUGGGCUGAGCAUCCCAGCAGCCUCAAAUCAGUGGAAUCCUCAAACACGGACUCUAAGGCUGCAGCGGAGAG